AUGACUAUUAGGAUCGAUGCUGGAAUGGAGGCGGGAGUUGGAACGGACGAAUAUUUGAUUGUCUCAACAAAAAAUCCACCUGCAAUUCAGUGUAUACCUUGGCUUGGUGAACCCAGUGGAACAAAAACAAAUAUACUGUCUCGGUUGGAAUUUCUAGAGUCUAAGGAAGUUGCCAUUAAAUUAAUCGUGUUUGAUCGACGAAUCGAUCUUUUUGGAUGGAUAACUUCUGAUGGAAAGGCUUAUGCUGUACAAUUUAAUGAAAAUGAUACAUCUGUAAGUGGUUAUUUCACUCCAUUGUUAUAUUGGACUGGAUAUUGCUUCCAUGCAAGUGGUGAUCUUGAGCCCGCACCGAAUCAUCGUGCUACUUGUUUAGCUAUUAAUGCGAAAUUCUCUUUAAUUGCUGUUGGAACUGAAGGGUUAGUCUAUUUAAUAGAUAUAUAUGUAUUAGCAAAGAAAAGAUUCCUUGGUUCCGUGACAUCGCUUGCUUGGACUUCUGACGGUUAUGCUAUUGCUGUGGGGUGGCAAAAUGAAGGAAUGGCCGUUUGGAGUGUUUAUGGUCGACUUUUGAUGACCACUGUCAGAGAUGAUUUACCGCAAUCGAUUUCAGCGUGCAAAGAUGCAUUUUUACAUGGUAUUAAUGACUUGUUUUGGAGUUCUGGAAAUUGUGAGCUCUUUUUAUUGCAUAAUUCAAAGUCUGAAGACGACGAUCAAUUAUAUACACUACCAUUCGCCAAGUCAGCUGUAACAACGAUCCAUAGUCCAGAUAAUACAAAAAGAGGAUUUUUACAAAUGGAUGACCGUUUAUUGCUUUAUCGUGGUGGUGAUCAAGAAGAUCUUAGUGCCAUUAAUCCUGACACUAUAGUUUGGCAGCAUAUUCCAGUACCGAUCAUGUAUAUUAGCGAAAAUUGGCCUAUAAAGUAUGCAUCUAUAAGCGGAGAUGGUCGGUACAUUGCAGUUGCUGGUAGACGUGGAUUGGCACAUUAUAAUGUUAAUUCUGGUCGUUGGAAGUUAUUUGGCAAUCAACAACAGGAACAAGAAUUUGCAGUUCGUGGUGGAUUAUUAUGGUUCAAACAGUUUUUGGUUGCUGCGUGUGAAAAUGUUCGAACGCAUACAUAUGAGAUUAGGAUGUAUUCACGCGAAACAAACUUGGAUAAUAUUCACAUGAUUCAACUUAUCAAAAUACCUAGUAAUAUAUUGUAUCUUAGCAUCGUGGAUAAUGCACUACUUGUUUAUUGCGGUGAUAAUAUGAUGUAUCAUUAUCUUAUGACCAUAUUAUCGCCUCAUGACAAUGGAGGUAUUAAAUCAAUCUCGGUCGAAUUGUGCCAACAAAUUUCUUUUGUUGGUGUGAUUCACGCUCCAGCAAGAGUUAGUUCUAUUUCAUGGUUUCAACCAAAAUUGCAUAGGCCUUUCACCCCGGAUACUAUUCAGACUGCUUCAAUAAUAUUUCUUAUAGAUGGAAAACUGGUUUUGUUGCAUCCUAAAAAGAGUGAUGAAGGUGAGGUACAAUAUGACCUACACAUUCUCGCUGAUAAAAUUGAAUCUUAUUGGAUGUCCACACGCGGAAUUGGCAGUUUGAAAAAUUCCUUAUGGGCUUGUGAUAGUCAAGGAGUUAAAAUAUGGAUGAAUAUAUGGUCUAACGAAGAAACUGCGAAAGAUUGGCAAUCAGAUGUUUUAUUAUCAGCAACAAAAGAAUCUUUGCGUAUAAAACUGGAAUUUUAUCCUUUAUGUGAGCCUAAUAUCAAAAAUACCGUGUUGCUUGAUAAAGGCAUUAUUGUUGGCGUUCAACAACAAACUUCUUUUAGACAAUCUCUUGAGUUUACCAUUUUCAAAUUAAUGACAAACACUCAUUUAUUCUUACAACAUAUCCUUCGCUAUAUGUUAACUAAAGAUCUCGAAGAAGAGUCGGUCGCUUUUGCAACAAGUUACCAAGGGUUGGUAUAUUUUGGGCAUGCAUUAGAGAUGCUUUUACAUCAUGUUUUAGAAGAUGAAGCGGAACACACUGUUAAAACAGAGAAAGUAGUCGUGUUACCGCGUGUUAUAAAGUUCAUCAAUCAUUUCCCGCAUUCGCUUGAUGCUAUUGUAGGUUGUGCGCGUAAAACAGAAGUUGCCUUAUGGGAUUAUUUAUUUUCUAUUAAAUGUAUGGAAACUGGAUUACUCAAAACAGCUGCAUCUUAUCUACUUGUUCUUCAUACAUUGGAACCCAUUGCUGAUAGUAGCAAUGAUACCAUAAGAUUGUUAUCUAAGGCUAUGGAGGCUGAAGAUUACGAGUUAUGCAAAGAACUUGUAAGAUUUUUGAAUUCUAUAGAUGGGUCAGGUAAAACUCUGAAAGAUGCGUUAUCAACAAUCCAACUCAUUUCUUCUACCAAUGAUGUAUAA